UGGAUCGAGUGCCGGCCUGCAUGCCCUUUCGCGGUCGGUAGCCUCACAACACCCGCCUGCGCAUGCCGCCGCCCGUGCCGCCCGAAGUGCGGCCAUGGCAGCCACACAUGCAGCAGGAAGACCCGCGGAGGCUCCGCCCCGAGCUCGGCGCCUGCGUGUCUCGGCGGCCCCCGUGCUGCCGGGGGGAUGCCGGGCCCCCGGAGCACUUCACGGCCGACCUCGAGGCCUGCGAGGGCGCCUACGUGCCCUCCGUGGACUCGCUCGUGUCGCUGCCCUCCGCGCCGGGUUCCGACCUGGGCGCCCUGGCGCACUGCGAGGAGCUGCUCGCCGGGCUCCGCUCGUCGCUCCGGUCCGACCUUCGGGAGGAACUGCACCAGCUGAGGGCGGUGCACCUCCUACCCGCGAUGGCCUCCCUGCACGACGCCGUGCAGCAGUCGCUCGGGGAGGCGGAGGAGCGCCUGCACGCCGCGCUGGCGGGGCGCCCUUGCGGGCCGGCGCCGGGCCGGCUCGCGCCCGCGGCGGGGCCGGGCCCGCCGC